UAUCAAAGAGAGCGCAAAAUUAAAUGCAGGAAAAAUAAUAAUUGAAAUAAUUAAUAUUGCAACAACAACCAGCAACAAAAGCAACAGCAGCAGCAGCAACUUCAGCAGCGUGGCAACAACUGUCAAAAAAUCUACAACAACACAAAGUGCAACAAGCAACAACAACAACCAGCAACACCAACAAUUGGCGCUGUCUGUUGUAAAUUGAACAUAAAAUAUAAAAAAAAUCCCGAAAGAAAAAGUCUCGUGAAAUUUUCACGCGCUGCAUAUUAUUUACUUUGUGCUCCACAUACAUAUAUAUCUGAAUAUAUGUAUAUAUAAAUCUGCUACAAAAAGAAAAACGACAUACAAAAUCAUCAACAAAAAGAUUAACAACAACAACAACAACAAAAUUUGCCUGCACUUUUGCCUUUUGUGUGCCGCCGCAUCCACACAAAAAACGGAAAGAAUUUAUAUUGUAUAUAAAAAUUAUAUACCCCAAAAAAUAUAUGUGCAACAAGAAGGCGAGCUACUGAAAAAAAAAUUAUCAGCAAGGGGGAGCCGGUGCGUGCAACUGCAACCCCACACCAAGUGGCAACGCCGUGCGGCGGCUGUAAAUUGCUUCACCGCGGAGGCAGCAACAACAGCAGCAGCAGCAGCAGCAGCAGCAGCAGUGGAAGAAUCUGUGGCAGCAUCGUCCACGGCAUCAAUUUGGCUUUUGGGCAUACCGUAAUUCAAGACAAAUGUAUGUGAUGCUAUGCACAUCAGCAGCUAUGAAAUAUGCUUAGAACGUGUUGCUGAGGAAUUUAUGGGUCGCAGGAAAUGGAAAAAUUAUCAAGAGCAAGCGACGCGCAGCCAACUGAAUAUCGAGGAGCAACAGCCAAUAGCUACAGCCGGUUCCGACGAGGACGAGGAACCAUACAACAACCACAACCACAACAAGAGCAACAGAAACAGAAACCACUGUAAACCAGAGAACCACCACCACCGUUUAGAGCAGGAGUUUGAGGAGGAUUUUGAGAACCAAACAUCACACGAUUCAUCACGUACAGCAACACCAAUAAGUAUACCAUCACCACCGCCAGAACCCAACGAUUGGAGACCGUCGGACAAGUGCAAUUUCUGUGUUAACGGUCGCCUGCUAACGGUGAACGCCCAGGGCCAAUUGGUGGCCGAAACGGUGGCACCCACAGUCCACAACUGCAGCACAAGCAGUAAAAGUCACAUAUACCACAACGGUCAACACGACAGUGACAGCAAUUCGAGCGCAUCGCUGCAGCAACACAGCAAUAACAGCAAGUCUGGGGCACGCAACAUUGUUGCUGCUGCUGCAAGUGCAACACCAACAACCGGCAGCGGCACCAGCAACAGCACCGGCACCGGCACCGGCAACUCCCUGGAACUGUACAAGCUGCUUACCCAAAGGGCAGCCAAAAUGACAUCAAUGGACUCGAUGGCCGCACAGCUGGCCCAGUUCUCGCUGCUGGCGGCUGACUUCAAUCUAAUGAACUCUCUGGCCAGCCAACAGCAACAACAGCAGCAACAUCCGCAACAUAACUCGGUAACACCAACUACCUCAGAACUACUAUCUGCAGCCGCCAUCAGUCCCGCACUCAAAGAUACGCCCAGUCCCAGUGCCGAUGCCCCGCUCGAUCUUAGCAGCAAGCCAUCGCCAAAUUCAUCGAUUAGCGGCGAUGUAAAGUCCAUCAGAGCCCUCUCGGACUGUCCCACGCCCACGCCUUCGUCGGGGCGAAGGGCCUACAGCGAGGAGGACCUGAACAGGGCGCUGCAGGAUGUGAUGGCCAAUAAGCUGGAGCCCCGCAAGGCGGCCCGCUCCAGCCUAAUGAACAAGCUGGCGCACCACGAGCUCGAGCAGGAAGAGCCGGAUGAGCCAGAGGACUCUGCAGACGAGGCUGAGGUGGACAGCAAUGCUUCCACCCCGGCACCGCCCUAUCCAGAGUUUGACCAACGCAUCGCGGCCACGGCCCAGCUACGCAAACUGAGCAGCCACCUGUCCGAGCACAAUGGCAGCGAGGAUCUGGGCGAGGAUCUGGAGAGCGGGGGUCAGCACUCGCCGAAGCUCUCAAGGAUCCCUGGCCCCGCCAAUGCGGUGGCUCCCGGCGGCCUGCCAAUUCCCAUCGAUGCCAAUGUUCUGCUGCACACUCUCAUGCUGGCGGCUGGCAUCGGUGUGAUGCCCAAGCUGGACGAGACCCAAACGGUGGGGGACCUGAUCAAGGGCCUGCUGGUGGCCAAUACCGGGGGCAUUAUGAACGAGGCGCUCAUGAAUCUGCUGGCCGCCAGUCAGCAGGAGAACAGCAAUGGCAAUGCCGCCAGCUUGCUCCUGCAGCAGCAGCAGCAGCAACACCAGCACCAGCAGCAAUUGAAUGCCUUUCAUCAUCGCCUACCAAAGUCUGAAACGCCCGAGACGAGCUCCUCCCUGGAUCCCAAUGAGGCCAGUGAGGAUCCGAUACUGAAGAUUCCGUCCUUCAAGGUCAGCGGGCCGGCCAGCAUCUCGCCCAGCAUCAGUCACAGCCACAACCACAGCCACAGUCACCAUCAGCAGCAUCAGCAGCAGCAGCAACACCACCAACAUCACCAUCACCACCACAACAAUCACAGCUCCCACUCCAGCAGCAAUAGGAACGGGGGCAGAGAGCACAGUCCACACUCGGCCUCGCCGAUGCUGGCCGCCGCGGUGUCCAACAGCAGCGCCGCCAGUGCCGCCGCUGGUCUGCUCUCGGCCUCGCCCACCUCCAUCCAGAAAAUGAUGGCCAGCAACAUCCAGCGGCAAAUCAACGAGCAGAGCAGCCAGGAGGCAGCGGCAAUAGCGGCGGCCACAUCCAGCAGCAGCCUGCGCAACGGCAGCACCAGUGCCGGCAGCGACUGCAGCAACAAUGGGGCAGCAUCCGGCAACAACAGCAGCAGCAGCUACAAGAAGCCCAGCAUUUCGGUGGCCAAGAUUAUUGGCGGCACGGACACCUCCCGCUUUGGGGCAUCGCCGAACCUGCUCUCCCAGCACCAGCAUCACCAUGCGCACCUGCCCGCCGGCCAUCAUGCAGCAGCAGCUGCGGCGCACUCCCAUCAGGCGCAACUGAGCGCCCAGGAGGCGGCUGCCCUGGCAGCGGGCAAGGGAACGCGCCCCAAGCGUGGCAAGUACCGCAACUACGAUCGGGACAGCCUCGUGGAGGCCGUCAAGGCGGUGCAGCGCGGCGAGAUGUCCGUGCAUCGGGCCGGGAGCUACUACGGCGUGCCCCACUCCACGCUGGAGUACAAGGUUAAGGAGCGGCACCUGAUGAGGCCGCGCAAGCGCGAACCCAAGCCGCAGCCGGACCUGGUCGGUCUGACGGGACCCGCCAACAAGGUGUGUCCGGAGAAGCUGAAGCCGGGAAACCACAUCAACCACACGGGCAACCACCACGGCGUCGGCGGAUCCAAGCUGAGCAAUGCCCUCAAGAGCAACUCCUCCUCCCAGGCGGCAGCGGCAGCGGCGGCGGCUGCAGCAGCAGCGGCCUCAGCAACGGCCCCCAAUGGUCUCAAGCUGCCCCUCUUCGAUGGGGGUGGACCGCAGUCCUUGGCCUUUCAGUCCAACAUGUUUUGGCCCCAGCCGAAUGCCGGCAAUGCGUACGGCCUGGACCUGCACCGCAUGGCGGAGGCCAUGCGCCAGCAGACGAACCAGACGAACGCCCAUGAGCGACCCAUGAAGAGCGCCCUGGAGAUAGCCGAGCACAUGUACGAUGGCAUCAUCCGCAAGACACUGCAGUCGUCCGGCGAUGGAAAUGGCAACGGAAGCGGCAGCAGCAGCAGCAGCAACGGACACGCCUUGGGGCAUGGCCUGGGCCAUGGCCAUGGCAAUGCGCUGCUCGAUCAGCUGCUGAUUAAUAAGACGCCCCUGCCGUUCACCAAUAAUCAGAGCAACGACUACAGGGCCACCUGUUCGAGCGGUGGCGGUGGGGAACGCAUCAAGCGAUCGGCGAGUCCCCUGGGCGUCUAUGCGGAUAUCAAGAGGGAGCGUCUGAGUGCGGAUAGUGCCAGCAGCGAUGAGGAGAGGGAGAGGGAACGCGAUCCUGAUCAUUCCAGCAACAACAACAACAACAACAGCGAUCUGGCGCACAACAAGAACAAGAGCAGGAACAGCAACAACAACGGCAACAGCAACAGCAACAGCAACAACAAUGGUAAUGGAAGGAGCCGAAUGACCUCCAGGGACUCGGAUGCCACGGAUGCCAGCAGCCUGAAGAGCGAGCAGAGUAGGCACAGGCCCAACAAAAUGAUGGAUCUCAAUGGGAGCAACAGCAGCAGCAGCCAGAACGAUGGUGACGGUGAGGGCGAGGCGACUCUGCCCAGUCCCAGUCCCAAUCCCAGUGGCAGUCCCAAUCCCUGUCCCAGUCGCACUCGCAGUCGCAGUCCUGGCUGCAGCAGCAGCGGUGUCGGCGGCGGCUCCAUAUUGCACGAGAAGCUGGCCCAGAUCAAGGCCGAGCAGCUGGAGCAGCAGCAGUUAUAGGAUCAGUCGAUGGCAAGGCCAGCAUUUGCCUGGCCGCCGCUGGCCACACACUACUAUAGCUUCUAAAUAAUACAAAAAAAAAAGAAAGAGGACGGUAAGGAUCAGCAGGGAUCGAGCAGGAUCAGACAGGGUGUCCGGAGAGUAAAGCAAACCAAAUUAAGCAACAUUUUUUAUAGUACAUAAAAAAUACAUAUAUAUAAAAGCGGAAAACAGAGCCGCCCCCUGAGAUCCGCAUAGAAAAAACAGCAAGAAACAAACGAAAAACAAAACAUACAAUAAUGGCGCGGAAUGUACGUGCGCACAUUUGUAUGUAUUUUUGUUUCGUUUUUGACAAUCGACAAAUAGGCAUUCUCUUGUACAAAACCAAAACAACAACAAAAACUUUCUUAACACAAACCAAAAACCAAGAAAGCAA